GAAGUAAUUUUAAAAAAUCAAUUAUGUGAUUCCUCCACCUUUGGUUUUUUGAAGUCGGCUAAACAUUCCAAAAGUCUAAACUCUGUAGUCUUUAGUCUGUGUUAAAAAUAAAAAUCAAUUGAAUGGAAAUUGGAAGAUCGGAUAUCAAUUUUAUAAAACAAUCAAUUCUGAAUAGGUUUAGUUAUUUUUAGUAUAUUCUUAAUUCUAAGAAUAUGAAGUACAUUUAAUAAUUCUAUUUAAAAGAAAAAAAUAUAGAAAAAACUUACUGUACCAUUUAGCUAAUAUUCAACAAAACUGGCGUCCGAAAAUUUUCCGAAGAAAAUGCUUGAUGGGUGGUACUGCCGCUCAAUAGCCAAUAUGCAAGCUAAUGAAGAAGCAAGUGUAAAUAGUGCAGUGGCUGAUACUUCUCAAGCAGAAUCAAAUAAAGACUAUUCUAGUGACAGUAGCAGUGAUCCGGAGAACGAACCUAAUUAUCGAGCACAAUACUUAACUCUUAAAAAGAAAUUAAAAUAUCUAAUAUAUGAAAAUGAAUGUUUUCAAGAUGCCCUACGAUCAAGCCAAAAACGAUUAUUAAAGGUAACAAGAGAUCGGUCUUUUCUAUUAGACAGAUUAUUACAGUAUGAAAAGCCAGACAGUAGUUCAUCAGAAAGUGAAGAUACAGAAUCUUCAGAUGACACAAGUUGUACUAACACAGAUGGAUCAAAAUGGAAGAAAAUGGAAGCAAAUAUAAGUCAAGCUCCUCUAACAACACCAUCACCAAUUAACAAAAGUAUCAAUAGUAAUAUCAAAAGGAAAAGAGCUGUAUCUAAAAAAACUACAAAUAUCAAUAAUCCUCAUCAAGGUAAUUCCAAUAUGAUGGCUAAGGCAUCACCUGGACUUGGAUUUGGCCUUAAUAACAGUGACGGUCAUAUGACACCUGAAGAAGUGGAACGUCAUUUACAAUCACGUCAAACAUUUCUGAAACUUUUGCCUGAGCGUGCUCCACCUACAGUGCCAACAGAAAUGUUUAGCAAUGAUCCAUCUCUUGACAGUGAAUCUAAUGAUGUAUUGGAAACAUCACCAAUUGUUGAAGAAUGGUUUGAUUAACAUUAUAUUUUAAAUUCGAUGGAAAUUGUUUUUCUUCGAAUUAAACUAAUACAAUGGAUAACAAUCUACAUAAGACUUGUAUACAAUGAUAGAAACUCAAUAACAUUGUACUUUUCAACAAUGUUAACUCUGUCCAGUAUCACAUUAAGAUCUAACUGUAGAGUUAAAUAAAAAUUAAAAAAUC